UGCUCUCGCCGCCGCCUUACUCCGCCUCUCGUCGCCGCUGCCACCGCUGCCGCUGGACUCGCGGCCUCGGGUGGCGGGGACUGAGCUCUCACGCGCCGCGCCCUCUGGCUCCAGGUGGGGCAGAGGACUUGUCCCCUGACCCUCCCGCCUAGGGCCCACCUCGGCCUUCUCGUGGUCCCGUGGCCCUGGGGCUCCUCCUAAUAGCCCUGGACUGAGUCCCCUCCGGUCGGGGAUCCUCCCCUCGUCCCUUAAGCCACCAAGGAGGGGUGGACACCGGCCGCUACAUCUCCCCCAACCCGGGUCCUGGCUCUGCAGUCCCCUCACACCCUCACGGACCGCUGAGAGCUUCACGAUUCUGUUUUGCCCUCGUUACAACUCCAGAACCGAGCGACCUCGGUCACUGCCUGCUCCCCAGGGCACCCUUCCCGGGAGACACGCUCAAUCCCCCACACAACCUGGGCCUGGCUCUGUGCCUGCGGGCUCCUUCCUGAUUCCCUCUUUCACUACCUCCCACCCUCUGUCUUCUGCCCUUCACUUCCCUUGUCACCUCUUAGAGCCCAUUCUAAUCAGGGGCCAGUGGGUAUCCCUUGCCCCAGGAUGUGAGCCCCUUUAACCUGUAAUGCUGUGGCUGGCCCUUGGCCCCUUCCGUGCCAUGGAGAACCAGGUGUUGGUGAUUCGCAUCAAGAUUCCAAAUAGUGGCGCGGUGGACUGGACAGUGCACUCUGGGCCGCAGUUACUCUUCAGAGAUGUGCUGGAUGUGAUAGGCCAGGUUUUGCCUGAAGCAACAACUACAGCAUUUGAAUAUGAAGAUGAAGAUGGUGAUAGAAUUACAGUGAGAAGUGAUGAAGAAAUGAAGGCAAUGCUGUCAUAUUAUUAUUCCACAGUAAUGGAACAGCAAGUAAAUGGACAGUUAAUAGAGCCUCUGCAGAUAUUUCCAAGAGCCUGCAAGCCUCCUGGGGAACGGAACAUACAUGGCCUGAAGGUUAACACCCGGGCCGGACCCUCUCAACACACCAGCCCUGCAAUCUCAGAUUCACUUCCAAGCAAUAGCUUGAAGAAGUCUUCUGCUGAACUGAAAAAAAUAUUAGCCACUGGGCAGAUAAAUGAACAAGACAUACGGUAUCGAGACACCCUUGGUCAUGGCAACGGAGGCACAGUCUACAAAGCAUAUCAUGUUCCAAGUGGGAAAAUAUUAGCUGUAAAGGUAAUACUACUAGAUAUUACGCUGGAACUUCAGAAGCAAAUUAUGUCUGAAUUAGAAAUUCUUUAUAAGUGUGAUUCAUCAUAUAUCAUAGGAUUUUAUGGGGCAUUUUUUGUAGAAAACAGGAUUUCAAUAUGUACUGAAUUCAUGGAUGGGGGAUCUUUGGAUGUAUAUAGGAAAAUUCCAGAACAUGUCCUUGGAAGAAUUGCAGUAGCAGUUGUUAAAGGCCUUACCUAUUUGUGGAGUUUAAAGAUUUUACACAGAGAUGUGAAGCCCUCCAACAUGCUAGUAAACACAAGAGGCCAGGUCAAGCUGUGUGACUUUGGAGUGAGCACUCAGCUGGUGAAUUCUAUAGCCAAGACGUAUGUUGGAACAAAUGCUUAUAUGGCGCCUGAAAGAAUUUCAGGGGAGCAGUAUGGAAUACACUCUGAUGUCUGGAGCUUAGGAAUCUCUUUCAUGGAGCUUGCUCUUGGGAGGUUUCCAUAUCCUCAGAUUCAGAAAAACCAGGGAUCUUUAAUGCCUCUCCAGCUUCUGCAGUGCAUUGUUGAUGAGGAUUCACCCGUCCUUCCGGUUGGAGAGUUCUCCGAGCCAUUUGUACAUUUCAUCACUCAGUGCAUGCGAAAACAGCCAAAAGAAAGGCCAGCACCUGAGGAAUUGAUGGGCCACCCGUUCAUCGUGCAGUUCAAUGACGGAAAUGCCACAGUGGUGUCCAUGUGGGUGUGCAGGGCUCUGGAGGAGAGGCGGAACCAGCAGGGGCCCCCGUGAGGCCUGAACCAGGCACCGAAAGUCCAGGACCAGUCACAAGGGGACAGCCCACCAGCAGCCCUCUCUCCGUUUGCCGCCUGUGCCAGAAGAGCUCUGCUGGCCCCGCCUCCCUGCCCUCACCUUCCAUGCUGCCAGGUGGCCAGCCCCAGGAGCCUCGAGGGGACCAGCACCUGCACCUGCGCAGUGCCUCACCCCUCACCAGAGAGUGGGGACAGGGUGGGACGGUGAGGGUGGAGGCUCCCGUGGUCCCCACCCCACUUCUGUUUUCCUAACAUUUUCUUUGUAAAGGGUCAGGCCCUGUCAGCAGCACUGAUGGGAAUAAAAGUAUUAUGCUUUGGGGUGCCUCCCCCCCACGA